GAAUUACAUGAUCCUUUUGAUAUCCGUGAUGUUGAAUUUCUCAAGUUAUAUAUACUAAGUCCUGAGAUCGAUGGAUUUAAUUGAAACAUUAAGACCAAGAUGGCACGAACGACCAAGUGGUCUUAAUCCUGAACGUCAAGUUUUAGCCGCUUUAAGGUUUUAUGCUGUUGAAUGCUCUCAAGGCGCAAUAGGAAAACAAUGGGAUAUUGCAAUAAGCCAGCCAUUUGUUAGUCGCUGUGUACGAAAAGUUACAGAUGCCAUAAAUGAUCUUCUGCGACAAUGGGUACGAUUCCCCAUGACAGAUGGCGAACGUCAAGUCAGCCGGGAAAAGUUUAGGGCUGCUCCGCAACCGUUCAUAGGUGCAAUUGGAGCUAUCGAUUGCACUUAUAUUAACAUUAAAGGACCCAAGGAGCAUGAAGAAGCAUACGUGAAUCACUGGGGUGAUCACACUCUCAACAUUCAAGUAAUCUGUGAUCCUGAUUUAAAAAUAUUGAAUGUGAACGCGCGAUAUCCAGGUGCACGACACGAUGCUUAUAUUUGGUCAAAUUCUCCUAUACGACGUAUAAUGGAACGAAGAUAUAAUAAUGGAGAACGCAAUAUCUGGUUAAUUGGUUAUGAUGGAUAUAGCCUAGAGCCAUGGCUUAUGACGCCUCUUAAACAUGAAAUGCCAAAUACACCUAGAUUUCAAUAUAACGAGAAUCUAGCAGCGCUAGAUCGUGCGUAGAACGUUUAUUUGACGUUUGAAAAUCCGUGUUCAGGUGUUUAUCUGCUCAGAGGCGCUUAAUGUAUGAGCCAGGUAUGGCUGGUAAAAUUGUUAACGCGUGUGCCGUGUUACACAAUAUGAGGAUUGCUUAUCGUAUACACGACGAAGAAUUAAUUGAAAUGGAUGAAAACUUGCAUCACGUAAACAGAUCAAACAUAGCUGUGAAGUAUGACGACAGAGGUUAUGCAUAUCAAGGGCGGGCACUUGCUAUACGUAUUCAGGACAGCUUUAUUGCUCGGCAUUAUGGAAGAAUAUAAAAAAACAGUUAUUUCUAAAUACGUACAUAUAAAUGACUUAAAAUCUUUUGUAUUAUAUAUUAUAAUUUUAAAAUAAACAAUAUUUCUAGAAUAUAAAUCAAGUGUGUAACAUUUUUAAGCAUAACAUAUAAUAAUAUCGCAUCUCUGCUAGAAGAUGGUUACAUCUCUAAACCUCUUCCCAGGAAUGGCAGCGAUUAAUUCGCUGAAUUGACAUUCCUGUUCCAAUGACCCAAGAUCUUUUUGUGUGAAUUUUAAUCAUAAGAUAUCCUGCGACCCUAGACAUGUAACCUUUAUACAGGUGAAACAGGUUGUGAAACAACAUAUUCCUGACACGAUCGUGGUAAUAACUCGAAUUUGAUCAUUUCAAAGAUGUAACCGUCUUCUAGUAGAGAUGCAAUAUGUAAAGAUAUAAAAACGUUUUUAUUAUAUGUGUGAUUAUGACGUAUUAUAAUUGAAUAGUAUUUUUUCUAUUGACCUAUGCAUAUAAUUAACAGUUGUUAUCAGCUUUUCAUCUAUUUCUAAUCUCCUCUCCUGCUACAAAAUUCUUUUUUCUUCUAACGCAAUCCGUGCACAUUCAUUUUCAGCUUGUAUCAUUGCUGCGUCAGCUUGCUUCUUUGAAGCCUCCGCAAA